CACCUCCUUUACACCUGCCUGCGGAGCACCCGGCAGAGCGCUCGCAGGUGCUUUGUGCUGCGGGCCGUGUUCCUCCUGGCCCACUCUCACCCACAGCCGGUGCUCGACAGCCUCCUCCAGGCGUGCCUGCCCACAGACAGCGACAUGGUGGAGGUGUGGAGGAGCCUGGGGAGAAGCGUCCUGGGGUGCCAAAUCCUGGUGUGCUUAACUGAAAAGUUAAGGGCAGCGGGAAAGAGCAGCCACAGGAGCGAGUGCUGCACUCGGGAGCUGGGCAGCAGCCAGGCUGCCCUGGAGCCUCGCACGAUCACCCACGCCCUCUGCGAGGUGGUGUCAGUGCUGCAGAGGAAGACACUGGUCCAGCGCCUGCUUCCCUACCUGCUUCCCGGCCUUCUGAGGCAGGUCAGCGAGACGCUGGGGGAGGAGCUGGCACCGUCCGUUGGGGACCUGGAGAGCGCUGACAUGCCGGGCAGCCUUUUUGUGGCGGCAUUGGAGCUGGUGCUGGCGAGGUGCCUGGACAAUCGGUGGCUGCGGCUGCUCCGGGAGCAGGGAGCGUGGGCGUCCCUGGCAGAGCCCCGGGCUCACAGCACCGGCGUGUGUCUCCUGGCGAGCGUGCUGCUCCGCGCAGAGCUCGUCCCACAGCGCCUGCUGCAGAGCCUCUUCCCCUGGCUGGAUUCGCCCUCUGCCAACCUGCGGCUCACGGCCACAGCUUGCUUUGCCGAGCUGAUGAAGGACAAGCUAGUGCAGGAGAGGAAGCUGCUGAAGCCGCUCCUAGAGGCCUUGGGGGAGAGAGCGCGCGACCCCGUCAGCACCGUGCGGCAGAUGGCCGUGAGAGGUCUGGGCAACGCGCCCAGCGGAGCACCCGCGAAGGUGAGGCGGCCUUUCCUGGGCUCUGAGCGCAGCCCGGAGUGGAGAGCUGCCCGGGGGGCUUGA